AUGGGAAACCCAGAAAACAUUGGAGAUGCAUAUGUUGCUGUGAUUCGUCCAAAAAAUACUGCUAGCCUGAAUUCUCGGGAAUAUCGAGCUAAAUCCUAUGAAAUUUUGUUGCUUGAAGUUCCCAUUGAAGGCCAAAAGAAAAAAAGAAAGAAAGUUUUGCUGGAAACUAAACUACAAGUAGGCACUGAGAUAACCCAGAGCAUCUUGGAUUAUGUAUUGGAAGCCACGAAACCAAUUUCACCAGCCAAUCAGGGUAUUAAAGGAAAGCGCGUAGUGUUAAUGAAGAAGUUCCCUCUUGAUGGAGAGAAGGCAGGCCAGGAGGCAUCUCUUUACAUUGUUCCAACUGUUGUGAAAGAUAAUACGAAAUAUGCAUACAGUCCUGGAUGCCCUGUGUUCUACUGUUUACAAGACAUCAUGAGAGUCUGCAGUGAAUCCAGCACGCAUUUUGCUACCCUUACUGCAAGAAUGUUAAUUGCCUUGGAUAAGUGGUUGGAUGAACGGCACACCCAGUCUCACUCCAUCCCAGCUUUAUUCAGACCAUCUCCUCUUGAGAGAAUUAAAACAAAUGUAAUAAACCCUGCCUAUGCUAUAGAACCUGGUCAAACAGAGAGCUCUUUACACAUGGGUUAUACUGCCCUGGAAAUAAAGAGUAAGAUGCUGGCACUGGAGAAAGCAGAUAUGUGUAUCUAUAAUCCUUUGUUUGGAUCUGACCUUCAGUAUACCAAUAGGGUUGACAAAGUGGUAAUAAAUCCAUACUUUGGCCUUGGAGCCCCAGACUAUUCAAAGAUUCAGAUUCCUAAAAGAGAAAAGUGGCAACGUAGCAUGAGCAGUGUCACAGAGGACAAGGAACACCAGUGGGUAGAUGAUUUCCCUCUUCAUCGCAGUGCUUGCGAAGGCGAUUCUGAUUUACUAAGCCACCUUCUGGAUAAAAAGUUUUCUGUUAAUCAGUUAGACAGUGACCACUGGGCACCUAUCCAUUAUGCAUGCUGGUGAGUUAAAUGAA